CGUAUUCCUUUUGCUCCUGAGAGCGUAUCCUUUCUGGCUUUCGGGUUCGGAAACAUCCUCCUCCGUGAUCCCCCAUUCGAGACUGUGGUUCAGACAGAGUUUACCUUGAACAUCCGAGAAGUAUCGGGACUGCGGUUUCAAUAAUAAAAAAUAAUAAUCAUAGUAUUAAACUGGGUUACUGGUCUUGAAACGACCCGACGGUUCUUCCCAUGCGCCCACCAGCCUCGAUCGUGACAAUAGCAUAUAAACCAACCGCUAGACCGCGGUUAAUCCUUCCUUCCUCACUUGCGCAUUCCAUUGCACCACCACUUCCGUUACCGCUCAACACCUCCUUUGCGACACGACGACGCCCAUCGCAACUAUACCACAUCCCCUCACCUCUAAACUUUCUACGAACCAAAACAACACUCGCAAAAAUGUCCUCCGCCACGACUUUCUACGACUUCGAGCCUGUCGAUAAAAAAGGCAACCCCUUCCCCCUCACCGACCUGAAAGGCAAGGUCGUUCUCGUCGUCAACACGGCCUCGAAAUGCGGCUUCACCCCGCAGUUCAAGGGUCUGGAGACGCUCUACCAGGACCUCAAGGCCCAGUACCCGGAGGAUUUUACCAUCCUGGGCUUCCCCUGCAACCAGUUCGGCAGCCAAGAUCCCGGAUCCAACGACGAGAUCCAGUCCUUCUGCCAGCUUAACUACGGCGUCACUUUCCCGGUGCUGGGCAAGCUGGAUGUCAAUGGUGACAAGGCCCACCCUGUGUGGACGUGGAUGAAGCAGGAGCAACCGGGCCUGCUGGGCAUGAAGCGCAUCAAGUGGAACUUCGAGAAGUUCCUGAUCUCCGCCGACGGGAAGGUGGUCGGCCGCUGGGCGAGUCUGACCAAGCCCGAGUCGUUAAAGGAGACCAUCGUGCAGGAGAUCGAGAAGGCGAAGAAGGAGGGCAAGCUGGCGUCGCAGACUAAGGGCACUGCUACUACUGCUUCUGAGGAGACCCCUGCGGCGGCGGCUGCUCCUGCAACUGAGGCUCCCGCUGCGGGUGCUGAGACCCAGGCUUAAUGAUCGUAAGCCACGUGGGGUCUAUCCGGCUUCGUGGGAAGGAGGGGGAAGUUGUUUCAACUGUGUGAUACCAAUUUCUUGUUUGUCGUUCUGUUUCCAUCAAGUGGGUGAUUUCCGGUGUGUUAAUGGAUUGAUACUUGCUCGUCCUACAGAGAUCCCUUGUUUUGUAAUGAUUACUAUGUCUCAGACUGUAAUGAACUCUUCAGAUAAUGCUUGACGCGACUGA